AUGCAUUCCAAGAAACGUGUGCAGCAGCUAAAAGGAGGCGACAAAAUCAACAUCAUGAGCUUGUACGGCGACUACGGAACUUUCACUCAAGAAGAAUCGCAACUUUCUCAGCUCAUUCUUCAAAAAGCAGCCUACAACAUAUCCAUUCCAGAUACGCUGAUUGAGAAAGUGAAGAAAAAAUGGGAAAAUUUCAGCGAUUUGAGCAUGAUGGAGUUUUUCUACCAAACGAGACCUCAAUAUUUUCUUAUCGAAUGUCAGCUCCAAAACAUCGACUGUCUCGAUUAUUGGGCGCCAAAGUGGACUCUAAUGGGUUAUUGUAUCGAACUGAACUUGGCGAAAAUCAAAGCGCAAAAAGAGCGGCAAUCGAAACUUGCUAUCUUAUCGACUCUUCUUAUGGGCGGAUUGUCGGGAAACAAAAAGGAUCCGCCAGAACAGAAGCCGGCGGACUUGAUUAAACGACUUGAAUUGACAAUCGGGUACAAUAGAAGCGACAGUACUUUUGGCUGGAACGGAUUCAACAACGCUCUGAAUAUGUACUAUCUUCAUCCCGAGGAGAAGAUCAUCAAAGAGUCGCACUCGGUCCCCCUCGUCAAGGAUUUGACUCCAGUUGUAGACAUCAUUCAAAUUGAAACGAAACUUCUAGGGGACCCGUUUACGAGAUGCGAAAAAGGCGAAAAUUACACUUUCGAUCGAUGCAGCUACAAGAACUUUCUACAACAAGUUCUUGAUGUUUGCGGCUGCUACCCAACUUACGCUCAAGUUCAGGGAUAA